AUGACAGCACUACAAUAUUCUACACUAGGUGUGGGCAAUGCCGAGAUAAGACUCCUUGACAUUGCCCCUGGGGACGGCGACGAGGAGAUAUGCUGCUCCCUUAGUGUGGUGUCUCUCAAUAGCCAUCCGCAAUUCGAGGCUUUAUCGUACGUUUGGGGGGACGAUUCAAUCAAGAAAGAUGUCACAGUAGACGGGUCUUACCACCCUGUUACCGUCAAUCUCGAGUCAGCGCUCCGCGAUUUACGAUCCCCGUCAAAGAGAAGAACGAUGUGGGUGGAUGCGAUUUGCAUCAACCAGGUGGACCUUACUGAAAAAAACCAUCAGAUCCCUCUAAUGGGAGAUAUCUACCGAAAGGCAUCCGGAGUUGUUGCUUACUUGGGGCAUUCAAACCCGCACUUGGAGCAGUUUUUAGACUGGUCACAAGCGUAUUCUCGCAAAUGGCCAUUGCUCAGCUCCAGGCGCUGGAUAAGGAUGACAUUGCGAUCUUGGAGCCCACAGAAAGGUGUGAGAGAAAAGGACAUAUUGAGCCUGGAAACAUUCUUGGGUUUGUUUGAAUUCGCCUCCCAUCCAUAUUUCAGCAGGAUGUGGACUUUUCAGGAGUUUCUCCUGCCAAGUCGCAGGCCAAUAUUGGCUUUGGGAAAGAAGUCAUUCCAGAUCGAUCACAUUUCCACCCAAACUUGGAAGAGUCUGCACGACAGACACUUCAAGAUGGCAAGCAAGGCGAGGGGGCGGCUAUUGAGAGCACGAGGAAUUGAACCUGAGGCCCAAGAAUUACUGCAUCUUUGUCAGGCAAGAUUCGCACAGGUCAUAAGGGAUUUUGAUCUGACCCCCAACCUGGUUUACAUGGGGCAUAUGUGGGCAAGACCGUUCAAAUUUGACUUGUCGAAAUUAUUUAUCAUGACUAUUCAUCGGAAAUGCCUCGAACCUCGGGAUAAGAUCUUUGCGCUUCACCCGUUUAUCCAGGAACUGGUCCCUGAAAUUUGUGCACCAGACUACAGCAAGUCUCCGGAUAAGGUUCUUUUGGAAACGCUUUCGAAAUUUCAUCAAUCUAGCCCCUUUCGUACACAGGUCUUCAUGAACUAUUGGCCAAUCCGUGCUUCUGGUGUGGAAGAUGCGUCAUUCCCUUCAUGGCUUCCAGACAUCACUGCGACAGGUUUUCCGUUUAUCAUGGACCAAGGACUUGAAUCGACCACGUUGCGAAUCUCUGAAGAUUUCCUUAUCUUAACUUUAGGAGCUUGUUUCAUUGGAAAAUGUCGUCCACCUCUCAUUAGAUUAGGUACCGACCCUGAGGAAAUUGUACGACGCAUUGCUGGACUCAUGUAUUCCGAUGGAGAAGAUCUACACUCCCUCGCAGGCUCGAAAAUUAGAAUGAGAAGGAAGAAACAUGAUCCUGAACGGAUAUUCAACGCAUUAUGGACAUGGAUCCCCCUUGGGCAAAGUCGAAAGGAUCUCCGACUGAUACUUUCCAUUUGCAGCACUAUCGCACAAUACAAGAGCAUCAGGAAGCUUGACGAUAUUCCGUUCACCGCAGAGCAGAGCAAGAAGCUUCACAUUCUCACAUUUGCAGCGAAGGUUUUUGCCAACAAAGCCUUUUUUUGGACGGACACGGGGCUAUUCGGAACCUGUUCGGAGAGGCUGCAAGAGGGUGACACAAUAGUGAUCACAUCUGAAUUUCGACGUCCCAUUGCAGUUCGCACACGCCUUGAUCCCUCAGGUGGACCUAAUCACUAUUAUAUGGUUGAUUGGGCCUAUGUUGAUGGGCUCGAAGGCACGACCAUGGAUGCGCAACUUAUGAACGAGAUCCAAGAAACGCCUUUGAGCGACAUCUACAUUCACUAA